UUUUUGAAUUUUAACUGUAUUAGUAGUAUAAUGAAUAAUUAAAACGUUUUUUUAUUCAAUUAGAAAGUCAUUUUAUUUUUUAUUAAUUAAACACGAAAUAAUUUUUAUUUGUUUUUGUUGAGAAACUUUCAUAUAAAAUAAUUAUGAAUAAUAUUCAGUAUCACACUGAUUCAUUGUUCAACUUAUCUUUGCAUAAAUUAUGUGUGUCAAUAAAUGAAGAUACCUUACAAUAUAUUUUAAAGUGGUGUCCUGCAUGUAUAACUCUUCAAAUAAUUUGGAAGGUAUUGAGAAUUAACAAUCAUGAUCCUGAGUUUUUACUUAACUUCAGAUUUCCAGAUUGUGAAUUGUCUUCAGUAAAUCGAGGUCGUGAUCUUGCUCAAAUGUCAUCUUUAUUUGGUUCAAGAAAUUUGUUACCUACUUAUCAUACACAUUUGUCUAUUGAGAGCCAUUCUAUUUUUGCAAAAGUUCAACAAACCAAAUUUCAAGAUCAAUAUAACUUCUAUGAUCAUUUUGACUUAGAAUUAUUUUUCAAAUUAAUUGAAGUAACAGAAUGUAGAAGCCAGUUAUUUACCAUAUUUCAGAUUUGUAUACAAAUUAAAGGUUUUAAAUUUCCUAAGCAAUUUGCUUUAGAAUGGAUAAAAAAUGGAAAUGAACAAAAAGAUAAUAAGUGUUACCAUUUCAUUGAACAAGGGUUAAAACUUGGUAUAUUUCUUGGCGAUUCUGGGUGGUUUGAUGAAAGUGCACUUGUUUUAUCAUUCACAUACGAGUUGAUAUCUAAAAAAUGGGUGUGCUCUGAUGAAACAUUGGUGUUGAUGAAGACUUUACAAUGCCUUACCAAAUGGUUGUUAGUUUUAUCAAACUUUUAUAAUUUUGAUGAAGCUAAAUUGGUUUUACAGUAUAUUUUAGAAACACUUAAAACCUUAGAACUACAGAAAAAAAAAAUUUGUAUUGCUUAUUCUUAUGUUGCUGUCUCUCAGUAUUAUUAUCAAUUAAUGGAGUUUAAAGAGGCUUGGUUUUGGGCACUUAAAGCAGUAAAUGAACUUAGUAAUAAAAGUAGUGAUGUAUUACAAUUACUGGUUAUUGGACAUGUUAUACGAGUUUGUUCAGCUACAAACAAAUUGAAUAGUGCUAAAAAAUUGAUCGAACAAGUUCAUAUGUAUGACAAUGAAAUUGAACAACAUAUUUGUGUAGAUAUGUUAUUAAAUGAAGCUUGUUAUUCUUUAAGGGCUGAUUUAGCCGAAAACAGUAUCUACAGUUAUUAUGUGGCUCUUGAUUCAAGAAGAAAUUUAUUUGGAUACUUUAAUUUACAUACCGCUAAUGUAUUUGUUGAUUAUGCAUAUGCUCGAUAUGUUUGUGAUUAUGAAACUAGUGAUUUUGAUGAAGCUAUGUCUAGUGUUUUACAAGGGAUUUAUAUUAUGGAGUGUAUUGGUUUACCUAAUAAUCACAUGUUAUUAGUAAAUGCUGGACGUAUAAAAGCUUUAAUUUUAGAAGAAAAAGCUUUAGAUAUAAUUCAUUGGGGCAUUGACAGUGAACAAUGGAAGAAAAGUAUGCUUGAUGAAGCUGAAGAACUUCACAAAAUGGCUUUACAAGCGUCUUUAAAAACUGUUGGAGAAAAUAACCUUUUAACAGCUAAACAUUAUUGUAAUUUAGGACGACUUUAUCAGAGUAAAAUAAAUUAUCAACUAUCUGAAGAAAUGCAUUUAAAAGCGAUUAAAAUAAAAGAAGCCAUUUUAGGUGAAGAUAACCCAGAAGUUGCUUUAUCUUUAGGUCAUCUUGCUAGUUUAUAUACCUAUCAAAUGGAAAAGUAUGAAGUAGCUGAGCAGCUUUACUUAAGAUCAAAAGCUAUUUAUGAAAAAAGUUUUGGUAACCAGUACACAGGAUUAUUGUAUGAUCUUCAAGGAUUAGCUCAUGUAUAUCGGGAAUUAGGAAAUUUUGAUCUUUAUGAUCAAUGUACUCGAUCAAUUGAACAAUUUCAUGUUACUCGAGGAGCCUGGUUAGAAAAAUUACAUUCAUCAUCAAUAAAUGAUAAAUUUGCAAAAAGUAGUUUUAACAUUGAAAUAAUUAAAAAUAUAUUAAGCAGUAAUAUUUGUGAAAAACAUUAGAAACACUAAAUGACAGUUACAAAUACAAUGUUUUGAAGUUUUAUCAUAAAAAGAAAAAAGUUUAAUUUGUGCUACUAAAAAUCAGUUGUACAUUCAUUUUUAUAUUAUUGAUAUUCCCUUUUAUUUUUAUAAUCUAUUUACUUGCAUAUAUAAUAUGCAGAAUGUUCGGCUUAUCAUAAACCAUUCCAUUACUCACAAAAUAAAUACAACAAUGAAAAAUAUGUUGAUUUUAUUUAUUUAUAUAUAUAUAUAUAUAUAUUUCAAUUUAUCAACUGUUACUUUUUAUCAUUGUAUAUCUUAUUCAAAAUGACCUUAUUAAGAAAAUGAUAGGUUGAUAACUUUUGAACCUGUAGUUCAGGAACUACGAUUUUAAAAUAUGACCGAGGAGAGAUAUAUAUAACUAAAUAAAAACAAAUAUUUAAAUAUUAUAUUUAUUUUUAAAUGGUUUAUGAAAAGAGAAUAUAUGUAUAAUUUUUAAUUUCUGGAUUUAUGAAAUAAAAGUGGUUUAUAAAUAAUUUUAAUAUAUAAAACUUACAUUAAACAUCAUAAAAACUUUUAAAUGCUUAAAACCAUAGGUGUAAUAGUAUAUUUUAGCGAUGCUAAAUAUUUUUAUAUAUUUUGUUAUUGAUUAGGCUUUUUUAAGCAAAUAAAAAAAAAUAUAUAAUUCAUGUUUAAUUGAGUUGUGGAUUUUGAAAUAGUAUAUUAUUAUUAGUCUGUAUCAAAACAAAAAUAUUGUUUAAUAAAAAUAAUUUAAAUAGAAAAUAAUUUAAUUUAUUAUUAUUAUUAUUUUUUUACAAGAAUAAUACAAACCCCUUAUGAUUUUUUUUUAUUAAAAUAAAUAUUUAAUAAUCAAACUUAUUGGACUUAUCAAAUAAUAUAUAAUUUUUUAAAAAAUGUUUUUAAUUACUGAUUAUAACAUUUAAUAAUUUUUUUUUGAAAAACAAUAAGGUUCUUUGUAAGUUAAACUUAAAAUAAACUGUAAUAAAAGUAUUAAAAUCGCCAAUAAUUUUGUAUAAUUUAAAAUUAAUCUAAAUGAUUUUAAUUUUAGAGUUUCUUAUUAUUUGUUUCUAUCUUAUAACUAAUUUAUUUUUAUAUCAAAAUUUAUAACUCCUGUUGAAAUCUUUAAAUUCAUUUUUGUUUUGACCAUCUGGCUCUUGUUAGUACCAAACCAAAUUAAAUUUAUAGUAUUAAUGUAUACUUUAUUCCUAUUUUGUAUUUCUAUGUCCUUAAUAAUAAUUGUUAAUUAGUUAUUUUAAUAGGUGAUUUCUUUACUGUGAUGAUUUACUUUAUUAUAUUGUUAAUUAUUAGUUUAAAUAAAUCAUUAAUAAAUGUAAUGUUGCUUAAAAGAAAUGUGUUAUUGAAUAUUGUACGCUCUGUCUAUUUUUUAAUUAAUAUUUAUUUCAAGUACUUCUAAGUUUGUUAUUCUACUCAAAGUAAAAUGUACAUUGAUAGCAAUAUCAAAUGCCAAUGAAGUGUACUCCGGACAAAGUUUCUAUAUACAAAAUGUUGCUUUUUAGAAAAACGCAAAUUAAAGAUUUCAAUUCUUUCAUUACAAAAUAUAUUAAUUUAGAAUAUUCUACAAGAUUGUAUUAACAUUGUGAAAUUGUUUAUUAAAUAAUGUAUUGUAGAAUUUUUAAGUUAUACUAGUUAUUUUU